AUGGCCAACAUUCUCAACGGCCUCUUUGGAGGCUCCAAGUCCUCUGCAUCCCCGAUCCCUAGCGGAGACGCUGAUUUCGCAGACUUCGCAGGGGCUCCCGACCCGUCACCCACGCCCGGCGCCUUCACUGCUGCUCCCGGCGGCGCGACUCUCGGCGGUAGCUUGCCUGAGGCUACGGCUCGUCCCUACACGAAGUGGUACAAUGUCCACGAGCGUCACUCGCUCAGCGAGUUCAAGCUCGAGGGUGCCAUCCUAGCCGUCAGCGCCGUCAUCUUCCUUCUGCACAUCGUUGGCACGCGCCUCAACCGCAAGAAGGCUCAGACCUGGGCUUUCGCCCACGCGCCGUUGCUCAAGUCUGAAUUCGCCUCGGUCGGCUUCUCCCCGCGUUCGACCACCAACACCGAUCCCAAGGAUGCUGCCGGCUUGUUGCGCGAGAAUUCUCUCUUUGAGUUCGCCAGCUACAGCACGGGUCGCCAGAAUGUCGCGUUCAUGGACGUCAAGUUGACUCUGACCAAGCGCUUCAACCCGGCCCUGAGCAUCUUCGAGUCCGUCUCCAGCUUCUUCAUGGAUGCCGUCGAGACCCCCCAUGACUCUGUCGAGGCUAUCAUCUACCCCUUUGACGGCAAGGAACACCUCACCGUCCCCUCCAUCCCCGGCACCCACGAGCUGCGCAGCAAGGAAAACAAGAGCACCUACGACAACUUUGUCUGGGCCAUUGUCUCCAAGGACCGCAUGAAGCAGGUCCGCGACGACCGCUACGACGUCUCCAUCACCUUCACCAAGGACCAUGCCAAGCUCCCCAACUGGGUCACCGUCAUGAGCGAGAGCGCCGAGAUCACCGAGCAGCUUCUGACGCCUGAGCUCAUCAAGGCUGUCGAGUCUGCCGGCGACGCCUUUGACUACCUCAUCGUCUCCGACCAGCCCAUUGAGCGUCCCGCCACUCUGGAGGAGACCACCCCCCGCAAGCGCAUCUUCCUCCGCUACCGCAUCCCCUCCAACAACAACUACAACGACCUGUUGCCCAUUUUUGAGUACUUUGUCCGCAUCCCCGACGUCCUCGUCUCCGGCGCCCACUUCCGCCCCGAGGUCCUGCGCAAGGUGCGCAGCGUGCGCGAGGAGACCAUUGCCCAGCUCAAGAAGGCCGCCGACGCCGAGAAGGCGGAGGAGCGUGCGCUUGAGCGCGAGAAGCAGAAGAAGGCCAAGCGCGACGCCGAGCUCAGCGCCCUCGACGCAAAGGCCCAGAAGAAAUACCUCGAGAGGGAGCGCGAGCGCGACAUGAAGAAGAGCAUGAAGAAGCAGACCAUGCGCGGUUAG